GCCUUCUCUCUCUUCGAGGCUUCACUUCUUCGCUGACAGAAGAGCAGGUCGGUUCAGGCGAUCGUCUCGAUGAUGUCGAAAAUGUCAAAAUGGAGGCACAGGUUCACCAGAAGACGGCUGCAUGGGAGGAGAGGAUUGUGCCAGCACCUCGGAGCUAUCAGCACUUAAAGGGGGGCCUCCUCGUGCCACUAUCGUUUGUGGUUCCUUCUGGAGAUGAACGCUGGCCGUCGGUGACGUGGGGCUACAAAUUAGGACGUGCGGUAAGCAAUCUACGGACCAAGCUGGAGAACAAUGUUCGUCUUCCUUCUGGGAUGCAAGAGGAGCUGGGCAAGUUGAGCAUCGCGGACAAUGUACCUCAAUUCAAAUGGGAUAACAUCAUCCUGCCGGCUUUGUGGCAAUUCCGGAAAGUGUACGGCCACGUGGAUGUCCCGUAUUUGUUUGUUGUCCCAGUGGUGAUGAGGCGUGGCCAGAGCUGGCAUGGGGCUAUCGACUGGGAAGCGCACUCUCGCACAUUCGGCGAGGAACCCUUGGCCGAGGAAGCGUGGGCAAAGAAAGCGGGUCGAGUACUCGCCCACGUGCGAUCGAGAGGGACAUACUUUGCGCAGUAUGGCCGUGACAUCGAUAAUUUAGACAAGCUCGGUUUCGACGUCAAGCUGUCGCUCCGAGCGUGGAACAAGCGCAUCGCUCCGUUGGUCGAUAUCUACGCGAAGCUGCAUGGAGGAGAGGAAGUCCCCGCCGACUUCGUGAUCCCGUCGGAGUUUCCCUGGGAGGAAACACUGUGGGGAGUUCGGCUCGGGCUUAUUGUGGCUCACAACUCGAAGUUUAUGCCUCGCCAGUGA